AGUUGUCAGAGGAAGCUUUGUCGCGCGGGGUGUGCAGCCUCUCCUGCGUCCUUCCUCCAAGAGACUCACCUGUCAGCGCUGGCUUCGUUCUGUCAUGGAGGAAAGAUGUUUCCAAAAUCCCUAUCCGGAUUACAACCACCAGGCUUCACCGGCAUUCAGUUCUACGGGACAGCUGACCUCUGACUUUGUACACCUCCUAAAUGGGAAGAUUAAGGAGCUUCUUCAACACUUGGAAGUGGGACUGAAAUCUGUAGAUGCUGGAGACUGUACGGCUUAUACUGGUUGGGCAGGGAUUGCCCUGUUAUAUCUGCGUCUCUCGGAUGUGUAUGGGGAGCCAACUCUCCUACAGAAAGCACAAGACUAUGUCACCAGGAGUCUGCGCUGUCUGACCAGACGUGAUGUCACUUUCCUUUGCGGGGAUGCAGGGCCGUAUGCCGUGGGGGCAGCUGUGUUUCAGAAGAUGGGUUACACAAAGGAAGCAGAGGAUUGUAUCCGGAGUCUUCUCCAAAUGCAUGCCUCAGUGGUAAGGGUGGACUCCAGACUCCCAGAUGAGCUCCUGUAUGGACGUAUGGGGUACCUAUAUGCCCUGCUUUUUAUCAACAAACAAUAUGGAAUGGAGAAGAUACCUUCCAGUUACAUCCAACAGGUAUGUAAUACAGUACUGGACUCAGGGGAACGGCUGUCGGUGCACAGAAACUUCACUGCUCAGAGUCCACUGAUGUAUGAGUGGUACAGAGAAUAUUAUGUGGGUCCUGCCCAUGGCCUGGCCGGAAUAUACUACUAUCUAAUGCAGCCUGAAUGUGGUGUCAGCAGCGAGAAGCUUCAAAGCCUUAUCCGUCCCAGUGUAAAUUAUUUCAGCCACCUCAAGUUUACAUCUGGCAACUACCCAGCCUGCGUUGGGGACCAUAGGGAUCUACUGGUACACUGGUGUCAUGGCGCUCCUGGCGUUAUUUAUAUGCUAAUACAGGCUUUUAAGGUCUUUCGGGAGGAUAAGUACCUAGCAGAUGCCUUGCACUGUGCCGAGGUAGCUUGGCACCGUGGGUUACUGAAGAAAGGAUAUGGGCUUUGCCAUGGCACAGCGGGAAAUGCCUACAGCUUCCUAGCACUUUACAACUUAACCCGUGAUGUCAAAUACUUGUACAGAGCAUGCAAGUUUGCAGAAUGGUGUAUGGAUUAUGGUGAGCAUGGCUGCAGGACCCCAGACACUCCAUUCUCCUUGUUUGAAGGUAUGGCUGGGACUAUUUAUUUCCUUGCAGAUCUACUAGAACCGGCAAAAGCCAAGUUCCCUGCUUUUGAGAUCUGAAAACGUUCAUCCGCUGAUGUAUGCCUGUUCCGUAACUUUUAGCUUCUUGGGACAAUGCUUGAUAUAGGAGUAAGCUAAGCAUUAUUUAACUGUGCUCAGUAUCAUGCGUCUUGAUAUUAGCUAUUGUAAAUUGGCCUUUGUUCAGAGUAACCUUUUCCCUGUUUGAAUGCC